AGAGGGAAAGUCAAAGUCCCGCUUUUGGACAAGAAAGGACACCGCCGCAACAUCAGCAACUAUUCGGCGGAGGAGGAGUGUGGUGAUGACGCUUCGCCGCGACAUCAUCGGCGGUCCGGAAGCACCGCGCGUGACGGUGAAUCCUCACUAUGCGGGCCGGGCGGACUGCUGACUCCUCGGCGUGUUCGCUUGCUGGUGCUGAUGCAGUGCUUGGUUUCGAUGAUGGACGCGGGCUUCGUCCAGAUGUAUCCGCUCUGGCUGCUGGCGAGCAAGGACUCGGGAGGCUUGGAAUGGCCAGUGCCCAAGAUCGGCAAAGUCCUCGGUUGGUCAGGCGUCGGGCAAUUGCUCUUCCAGUUCUUCGUGUACCCGGCGCUCUGUAAAACGAUAGGAAUUGUUUGGCUGCUACGGGGCUCCGGCGUGCUGGCCGCUGCGAGUUUUAUUUUCGUCCCCGACAUUCAGCGCGCCAACUGGAGCGAGAAUUGGUCGUGCGUGGUGGGAGCUGCCAUCGUCAUCUUCCUUGGGUCGUGCAUAUCUGUGGUAGAGACCGCGAUGAACCUCGCCUCGGCGAACGCCGUCCCAGUUCCAAUGCGGGGAAAGAUCGGGGGAAUAUUUGCGGUUGCGAGCUCCUUCGGCAGGGUCAUAGGUCCAGCAGGGCUCUGCACUCUGCUGGCGUGGUCCCUACAAAGCAGCAACGUGCUCCUGGACUAUCAUGCGGUUUUCGUGAUAGAAAUGGUGCUCAUGAGCGUGAUGUUCGUGCUAGGGCGGAAAGUGUUGACGCUGGAGGCGUUGACGAUCCCGAUUGAAGACAGACAUGGCGCGGAAUAUGAGUCAGUUUCGGUAUCGAGCGCUGACAUCACGAAUACCAGCAGCCAAAUUCUCCCCGGGGACACCAUGGCGACAAGCAAGGUGGACAACAGACCUCGAAGGCGGGAUCUGUCGGCCGUCUGA